GCGAAUGCGUGCAUGCAUGUUUCGCGAAAAAAUUGCCUAAUUUCUACAAUUUGUGAUUUUAUUCUAGAUUGUAUGUCGUUUUAAUCAUUUUCUGUAUAAUUUAAUGGGAUAUAUUCAUAACUGUUUCUAAUGAACACCUGCUGAACAUUAAAAGUCCGGAUACAGUUUUAGGGAGUGAUUUUACUAGUAACUUUUAAUAAAUAUUAAUCUCCAAAUAUGUCUGCAAAAAGAGCUGCGACCACCGAACUAAAUCAUGAAAACUGGGAUCAGGAAGACCCGUCGGAACAUGAAGAAAUGGGCUCAUUUAAAACUGCAUCCAAGGACGUUCUCGAAAAACGUGUAAUCAGAACCGCUAAAAGGCGUGCACCGAUCGGCGGUAACGACGAGAGUAAGAAAGGAGUCUUCAGUGGAUUUGGAGGAUUCAAUAAAUCACAGCCAUCUUCAUUUGAUUUCUUAGCAAAUCUGACAAAUGGAAAUAAAACUAGCAGCUCUCCUGUAAGCAAAAGUGACACAGCUGUGACAUCAAGCUUAUUUUCAAAUAAGCCUCUAUCAAGUACCACAGGAUCAGGCAUGUUUGGGUCACAAGUUUCAUCAACUCCAACCAAAUCAACAUUCGGUGUGGCUACUUCACAAUCUUCACCAUUAUUCGGAAGCUCAACUAAUACUCAAGCUGCAACAUCUAUAUUUACUGCCUCUAAAGCUGAUUCCACUGUUGGUGAUUCCCCUUACAAAACUCAACCUGUGUCAAGUUCCAAUGAACCAAGCAGUACCAAUUCCAGCAAAAUUACAACUGCCAUUUCUAAUCCAUCUGGAUCUCAAGUAACAUCUACAAUAUUUGGAGCACCCAAUGGGGGUGCAAAUGUGAACAAAUCAUUGUUCUCUAACACUAAUAGCAGCACACCAUUCAAAAUUCAGUCUGUCUCAAGUUCUACAACAGUGCAGAGUAGUUUUGGGGUGUUAGCAACAUCUGCAACAGAAUCAAAGGCAAAUGAAAGUGCAGAAAAGACAGAGACUCCAGAUGAUGAUAAAAAGAUAGCAUACUAUACUAAAUUGAAGGGCCUAAAUGAAUCUGUUUCUGACUGGAUCAAAAAACAUGUAGAAGAAACUCCACUCUGUAUUUUGACUCCUAUAUUUCGUGAUUAUGAAAAGUAUCUGAAAGAAAUGCAAGAUGAAUAUCAUGGCACUGACAAAGACGAUAAAUCAAGUAAAGGCACUGGCUCCAUGUCUGAAGUAAAGUCUAGUGGCAGCGAAUCAAGCACAACUAAACAAAGCAUACCUUUUGCAGCAAACAACUUGAAUUCUUCACCAUUUUCUAAAACAGAUUCAUCACCAAAUUCAAAACCAGUAACAUUUGGUUUGACAACUAAUGGGUCUGCACUUGGAGAGACACCAAAAACAACAUUUUCAUUUGGAAUUAAUAAUUCCACAAGCACAACUACCACCAGUGCAGGGUUUUCAUUUGGCAUUAGCACAACACAAACUUCUACUACUACUGCAACCAGUCCAUUUUCUUCUACUACAGGAAUAAGUUCAGCAACAAGUCCAUUUUCUGCAACAUCCACAGGAAAUUCUAAUGGACCUACAGCACCCUUUUCAUUCGGAAUUGGAAAACCAUUUAGUUUUAAUUCCAAUGUCCAAAAACCCGCCUCAGAAACAACAGAAAACACCAAAGAAGAUGAAGAUGAGCCACCAAAAGUCGAAUUCACUCCAGUUGUUGAAGAAAAUAGUGUCUUUGAUAAGAAGUGCAAGAUAUUUGUUAAGAAAGAUGGAAACUUCGUCGACAAAGGUGUGGGAACUCUUUACAUAAAGAAAGUAGAAGACAGUAGUAAACAUCAGUUGCUUGUUAGAGCAAAUACUAAUUUGGGAAAUGUUUUGGUUAAUUUGAUUUUAUCUUCUGCUAUACCAACUCAACGUAUGGGCAAAAAUAAUGUUAUGUUGGUGUGUAUUCCCACUCCUGAUGCAAAACCACCACCAACUCCUAUCUUGAUCCGAGUCAAAACUACUGAGGAAGCUGAUGAACUACUGGAAACGUUGGAUAAAUACAAAUCAUAAAUUGUACUAGAUGAUUAGACUAACUUAAGUAACUUUGUAGAUAGCAGUUAAACUGAAAACAUAAUAUUUUACAAUUCCAUGUAUCAAUUUUUUAUGACUAGUUUUAUGUAAAGUAAUCUGAAAAUAU